UCCCAGGACCCUGGGACCAUGACCCGAGCCGAAGGCAGACGCUUAACCAUCUGAGCCACCCAGGCGCCCGGUGAUGUCUAUUUUAAAGGAGAAUGAAUUUAUACUUUCUGAAGAUGAAUAACUUUUGUCACCAACUUACGAAUGCCUUUUCUGAAAAAAUUAAACCGACGCCUAACCAGACAGAAUAAAAAGUCAUCAAUUUCUAUUGCAUUGCCCUUCCCCGCUGUAGUGGCUCUCGGAGAUUUUUGAAAGCAAGCCGUUUGUUCACCGUAAUGUUUAGAACCUUGUAUCAACACUGAUCCUGCUUUAUGAAAAUCCUGUAGGUUCUGGGUAUCCUGGUGUGGAAGGAGAGCAGAGCGGCUCCAAAUCCAGGCAAAUAGGGACAGAUGAACUAGGAACCGGGGCGUCCAGGCUAGUUCCGACUUCGGCCGCGAGUUGGAGCGGCUGUGGUGUAGGGCUUGGGACUGGCCCUGGAGGCUUCUGGCAAGGAACUUGAGCCCCCUCGCGGCCGAACUGCCCGCAGAGGCCCCAGGCCCCUUUAAGGCGCCCUGCGGGCAGACCCGGAGCAGAGGGGGCGGGAGGACGGCUCGCGAGCGCACGCCACGUGACUCGGCUGCCAAGUGCGCUCGCGAGUUUGACAGAAGUUUGAAUCGGCCUCGGGGGCUUUCUGCAGCCGCAGGGGCAGAGCGGCGGUCCCGGCCGCGGCGAGCGCCCGCUGCAGCGCCCGCGCCCCCCGCCCCGCCAGCCUGGAGUCCGCGCCGCCGACCGCGGCCCGCGCUACCGCACCGCUCGCUGCCCCCACCGCCGGUCAGCAGCCCCCAGCCCCGCCGCGGUGCCCGCCGCAGCCUCCCGGCCAGGGAGCCGAGCCCCGGCGCUGCGCCCCGGCCCCGCUGUGCCAGCAUGUCUUCGACGGAGGGCUCGAGUCACGCGGCGGACAAGUCGCCGCGCCCGCAGGUGGACCGCCUGCUGGUGGGGUUGCGCUGGCGGCGGCUGGAGGAGCCGCUGGGCUUCAUCAAAGUUCUCCAGUGGCUCUUUGCUAUUUUCGCCUUCGGGUCCUGCGGCUCCUACAGUGGAGAGACAGGGGCAACAGUUCGCUGCAACAACGAAGCCAAGGAUGUGAGCUCCAUCAUUGUUUUGUUCGGCUAUCCCUUCAGGUUGAACCGGGUCCAGUAUGAGAUGCCCCUUUGCGAUGAGGACUCCACCUCCAAGACCAUGCACCUGAUGGGGGAUUUCUCUGCUCCCGCCGAAUUCUUUGUGACCCUGGGCAUCUUCUCCUUCUUCUACACCAUGGCUGCGCUGGUCCUUUACCUGCGCUUCCACAACCUCUACACAGAGAACAAGCGCUUCCCGCUGGUGGACUUCUGUGUGACUGUCUCCUUCACCUUCUUCUGGCUGGUAGCUGCAGCCGCCUGGGGCAAGGGCUUGACGGACAUCAAGGGGGCCACACGGCCAUCCAGCCUGACGGCAGCCAUGUCAGUGUGCCAUGGAGAGGAAGCAGUGUGCAGUGCUGGGGCCUCGCCCUCUAUGGGACUGGCCAACAUCUCUGUGCUCUUUGGCUUUAUCAACUUCUUCCUGUGGGCCGGGAACUGUUGGUUUGUGUUCAAGGAGACUCCGUGGCACGGGCAGGGCCAGGACCAGGGCCAGGGCCCCAGCCUGGAGAGCGCUGCUGAGCAGGGAGCAGUGGAGAAGCAGUAAGCAGCCCCCACCUGGCUCCUCCCGAACAGGACAGCACCUCUUCAACCACCUCCAGCUUCCAGGACCUCCCUCUUCUUCCUUCUCCAACUCCCCUCCCCUGUCAUUCUGGACUUUGAGCUUUGAGACGUCGUCGCUGAUGGAUGGGCAGGCAUCAGCUGUCAGAAACCCAGGCAGCCCUCCCAGUGGCUUCCUAGCCCUCCUCUGGCUGGAGCCUCAGAUGGCAGGAGCUCACGGCUUCUUGUCUACUGCCUGGACCCCCAGCAUCUUACUUGGGGUCUUACUUAUACCCUUAUAGCCUCUGAGAAUGAGCCUCUACUGCAGGGGGCAGGAGACCAGAGUCCUGAGACUCGUUCCUAGCAGCCACUUCUAUCAACGUGUCGGCUUCAAUAAAAGUGGGGGGAGGGGAAAUUGGCUGGCAGCCUUCUUCCUGGUCCCUUGCAUGAAGGGCCCACCAGCAGUUCAGUGACCCCUCUUCAAUGGCUGUCAUCUAAGCCUGUGUCUGCCCCCAUCUCCAGUCAGCCCGCGCGCUCCCACUUUUCCCUCUGGCCUCUGCUCAGCCACACAGCCUACCAUGUGGGAACCCAGGAGGCCAACUAGCCUGGAAAACAGCUCUGUAGAGGGUCCUGAUGUGGCCUGGACUCAGUGGGGAGCAGAUAUAUUGCAACUGGGUUGCAACUUCAAGAUCCUGAAGCCAGGAAACUUGCUGGGGAAGCAUUUCUUCUGUUCCUUCAGUCCUCCCACCUCUCUAGGCUGGGGCACUUUCUACCAACGCUACACUCGUACUUGCCCUAGAAACUCCUGACCUUCCUCCCUGCCCUCCUUCUUGGGCUUAGUCUCACGUACGGGAGACAAGAUGAGCGGUCUAGGAGCAUCUCCAUUUCAGCCCUCCCCACCUCCAACCUCUCUGUCCAUCUCCCUUCCCCAGCCUCUUGGGUUUGAGGCAUUCAGAUCCUUUUCCAUGUCUGUCCAGGCCUUCCUUUCAUUCCUGUGGGUCCAGAUAGGGACUUUGGAAGGUCCCAAAGGACCAUCAUGAGGCUAAGUUGCCCCAGAGCCCCAGGACAUGGAUGGAUGGGCCCAUUUCUUCCUCGUUUUCCCCCAACCCACAACUCCUUCUCUGGCCUCUGUUUCAUACUUCCGUGCCUCACCUUUACAAAAGGACAUGCCCUCUCGGUUUGCCCUCUGUUCCACCCCUGCUUCCUCAUUUCUCCCAGGCUCUAUCCCUCCCCACCCGAACCCCAGUCCAGGGCAGGCCAAUGCUAUUGGUGCUUCUUCACUUUGGGACCCAGUUCCAUAUUUGUCUUUGAUAUGUCUCCUCUUUCUGACACCUCCUUCAGUCCCUCUCUGGACCCCAGGGCCUAAGAGUCAGUGCUGACUGGAAAAGGGCCAUUCAUCUCCUACCCAGCUCAAAGCACUUUAGUCUGACCUUGGCCAUAGGGCUGCUCAGAGAGGAUGGAGAAGGAAGAAUCCAGCCAUUUUCCAAUCCAGUGCCAAUUAGCCCACUUAUCAUCCCAAAGGUGAAUGUGCCCUGUGCCAAUUUCUCCUCCGGACUGAGACAACCCCUCCAACCUUCUCACCUCCCUAAACACCAUCCAUAGUAAUGUGCACAUUACCGGAGUACCCAGAAGACAGGAUCUUUGACUUUGGGCCAAUCAUUUCUUCUUUGGGUCAGAGUCUCCCCACUUGACAGGGGGAGUGUGAGAUUUACCUCCUCAAAUGCUCCAGAACCCUUCAGUGAAAGAAUUAGGUUUUUUGUUUUGUUUUGUUUUUGGAUUUUGGGGAAGGGAUUUGAGGAGGGAAGAGAGGAGAUGGGGAUGAGAGUGUUUCUAAGUCUGAACCUCUCUCUGUCCUGAACUGUCCCCAUGGUUACUCAAGCAAGAGGGGGAACAGUUUUGCCUAUAGCUCCAGAGACAAAGAGAACAAAGAGGUGACCAUUUUUCUUUAAGCUGGCCCCUGUGAGGGGCUGUGAGCAGCUUCUACUGGAACUUUGUUUGGAUUCUGUGUAUGUAUUUAUAAUUUAUUUGAAAUGUGAUGGAUAAAGUGUUCUCAUUUGGGGGCUGAAGUUAGCAACUGGCCCUUGAGCUAGGGGAAGGGGGGUGGGGUGGGGUGGGUAUGCACUCCUGCCAAGGACUCCUAGCCCAGAACUCUCCCUAGAGCAGAGAAGGCUCUUUCUCCUCCUCAAGAGGCUGGCUUGUUCUCAUUGAGAAGGGCCUUGAUUUUGGCUAUGGCCUUGCUUUCCAUGACCACCCUAAGAGGAAAGGCUACUUCGCCUCAUUACCUCCAGAGGGCUGGGCUAGGCCAAGUGCCGAGGGCAGAGCUGUCCUCAUAGGCCUCAUGUCCCCUCCAAUCAGGGCUGGCACCACUGCUUUGCCUAGUGGGGAUUAGGGUAGGAGACUGUGUCUGGUUUCUCCAGACUGCAGGAGGCCAACAGGUAGGAUGCUUGCCCUCUGCCCUACUAAACUCUGACACUGCCAGAGUGCCCACUGAGGACCUUUUUGGAAUUUUGAGUUCUCUCCACUAUCAUGAUCAUAGGUCUCUUCCUUCUGGGAUUGAAGAUCGGGAUGGGGGGUGGGGGGAGAAUGUUGCAUGUUGUUUUCCGAUGCUUGUUAUUACACAUUUGAAUAAACAGUGCUUCAAAGCAUUUACCAUGAAG